UCAUAUUUCGAUACUAAACUAUUCAGAAUAUAGGGAGACCUGACCUUGGAAAUAACGAUAAAUAAUCAAAAAAAUAUCAUGGCAGAGGAAUCUAUUGUAGUGGAAGAAUUGGCCCCAGAAGAUGAAGUCCAGGACUGGCAAAUGUUCCGUACGGCUAACCAAGACAUUAUUCCCAAACGAGGAGACAAAGACUUUGAGCCCGAUGGCACUGUAGUUCAGAAUAAACAACUCAAAGAGUCCCGUGAAGCAAUGUAUCUGGCAUUAGAUGUUCGCAGAGGACAUGGUAUUAAGCAGGAACUCGUAGCAGUGUGGUUCCCACAAACUCAGGAGGCAUUUGUUCCAUUUUUGAAGGGACCAUUUUUCAAAGAUUGUGGCAGGCCUCAAUCCUAUGGUAACGUUCAAGGUGCGUGGUUAAGUCCUUGGGAGGCAGUAUAUUUAUGUGAAAGAGGCUCAAUGAGAGUCUAUUUGGUGAAUGAAGUGUAUGAGACGUAUUUGAACAACGCAUCUAAACUAAAGGAACUUGAAGUUCAAGCAAAGUCUAAUCCAUCUACUUCAAAUAAUGUUAACAAGUUAGAUGACAUAGAAUUUGAUUAUGAUCUGCAUUUAAUCUCAUUAUCACUUGCUCAUUUAUAUAGCUUGGCGUUUUCUGGGAAUCCUAAAUUGAUAGAUAAGUAUCAAGUUUAUGCACAUUUAAAACGUCUUGGUUACCUUGUGAUGCCCUUUAAGGAUUCUUUGGAACUUCAACGUGUGGAGUAUCAACAAUUGGAAAGACGUAAAAAUGAUCUUCCUCCAACUAUACAAAAUCAAAUUCUUCAAAAACUCCUCCCUAUACAUGAAUCUAUAAGGUCUUGGAUAGCACAAUAUUGUCCAAUACAUCUUUUGGAAAUUACCAAGAAAGUUUCAAAAUAUAUUGGAAAUAGUUUUUCAGUUGGACUCCAACAUUGUCGUGAUCAUGGAUUUGGAUUUUCCAAGCGUAAGCAUUUUUUCAGUUAUAAUUCUAUACUACAAUCACUUAGACUUAUCCCUUCAUAUUCCACAUAUGAUAGUUUAAAAGAUAACCACGUUGGAAAUAUUGACUCAUCUGAUCUUUCAUCAUCUUCCUUUAAUGUUUGGAAACCAACACCUCAAUUCUCGAAAAAGAAUCCACCAGUUCCAGAUUUCCAAGUAAAUGUUACAAAUACUUCCUAUGAACCAUUUCCUACUCUUUCGACGAUUCAACAUUUAUUCAAUAGCUCCAGUCAUCAUAUUAUACCAAAAAUUGAACCAAUUGCUAAGCCAAAGACUACAAAGAAAAACCCACACGUUUCGAAACGAGAUGUAAAGUUGCAACGUCAACGUGAACGACAACUGAAGUUGGACCCACAGGUCCAAAAACGUAUCGAAUAUUUGAAACUCCGUGAUAAGAAGUACAAAUAUGGUACAAGAUGCUUUAUUAUUGCUGCAGUUGAUCAUGGGGUGAUCAACUUCGUAAAUCUUAGUGAAGGUGACUUUUCAUUACUAGGUUAUGGUACGGAUGAAUUGGAUUCUUUGAAUAUUAGGUCUGAGUCUCAUGGGUUGGUUUCAUUAUAGAAUAAGAUAUAUAUAUAUACAUGCGGAGUUACCA